AAGAUCAGUGGUUGCUCUUGGACUGAGGCUCAGACCCUCAAUAACUUGAUGCAAUGCUUAACGAAACCCAGAAAAUUAUUCAUAUAUUUACUGGUGAGUUAGUGGGAUAAUCAUGAUUUGCAGUUAUUAAACCAAGUUUAAAAGGGUAUGUAUAUGUUCCCUGACCAGGGAACAAAGGCAUUCAGGGCUAUUUCCAUUUGUUUCAACACUUUUGAAUCUACAAGAAUUAUCAAACUAGCUGAUUUUGUCAUUAGAGACAAUUUCUCCAAGAGAAAAUUUCCUUGUAAAAUUGAAUUUAGGGCAAGGAUCAGUAGAAAGUGUUUAUUUUCCUUUCCCUCCCCUCCUGAGUCGUGAGUUUUACUCGUACAAAGAAAACUGGGCUCGAGUAGGAUGACUGCAAGCAAAGAUGGCGGAAAAUUUCUGCCAGAACUUGUCGUGUUUGACUUAGAUUUUACAGUGUGGCCAUUUUGGGCUGACACUCAUGUUUCUCCACCUUUUACAAAAAAGAGUAAUGGCUCAAUACAGGACAGUGGUGGAAACAAGGUGAAACUGUACAAUGACAUGUUGGAAAUUCUGAAGCAUCUCAGCUCUAAAGGAGUGUGUCUUGCUGCAGCUUCUAGAACUGAAGAUCCUCCCACAGCCCAGGAAUUAUUGAGAAUUCUUGACAUAGACCAGUAUUUUUCCUACAAGGAGAUAUAUCCUGGGUCAAAACUUGCUCAUUUUAAAAGAUUUGUAGAGGCUAGUGGAAUUGCAUACUCUAAUAUGCUCUUCUUUGAUGAUGAAGAAAGGAAUAUUCAUGAAGUUAGCAGAUUAGGCGUAACUUGUGUUUUGGUGAAAAGAGGAAUGACCCAUACUGUCUUACAAAGUGGACUUGCGCAAUUUGCAGCUAAGCAUAAGUGAAAAUAUAGUUAAGACACAAAUGGUACCUUCAUGAAAGAAAUGAUGCCAUAACCUCAGCUGAAAUGAAAUGCAGAUGCACUAAUCAGCAUGGUGAUUGCUGUGGAAAUAAGGAAUCUUUAUCACAAUAGGGAAAUUUGGGGAAAUCUUUAUAAGAGGCAGAACGUGCACAACAAAUUUGACACAAUAUUUUAAGAUUAA